AGACACUGGAAGAGGAGGAGAAAAAAAAAGAGGGACAAAUUUUAAAAAGCGACACAGAAGAAGAAGCAAGUGACGAUGGCCAAGUGGAAGUAAAAGAGAUUUACAAUAAAAGCAAUUUUAUUAAUGGGAAGGGUGCUAGGCUGGUUCGAAUAUUAUCCGAAUUUGUGGGAGUCCAAGAUGCACUACGAGAUGAAGGAAUAUUUUUCACAGUCGUAGUUUUUGGGUCCUCCAGAUCGUUAAGUAAUGAACAAUAUCAAUCGAGAAAAAAAAAAUUGGAAAAAAAACUCACCAAAUUUAAUGACCAAAUAACGAACAGCAUACCCUUAACAGACUCGGAGGUAGCAGAAUAUGAAAGGCUAAAAAAAGACGUAGAAAAAUUAUAUAAAUUAAAAUGGACCACAGAUUAUUAUGUAAAAAUAUAUGAGCUUUCAAAACGGCUGACUUUAUUUUUUGGGACAGAAGAAGGACAAAAGGCAGUGAAUAAUAUUUCCACCCAAUUGCCAAAGGUACAUAGCUUUCUGCCAAAUAAGAAAGGGGAAAAAAAUCCAAAUAAUUUUACUGUUGCGAUCUGUACAGGGGGAGGUCCUGGUUUUAUGGAGGCAGCGAAUAAAGGGAGCAGAGAAGCCAAUGGGAGAUCCCUAGGCUUUAUGAUUUCUCUGCCAUUUGAAAAAGGAGCAAACCAAUAUGUAGAUCAAAAUUUAUCAUUCAAAUUUCAUUAUUUUUUUACCAGAAAAUUUUGGCUAGUCUAUUUAUCCCUAGCUUUUAUUAUCCUCCCAGGAGGGUUCGGAACGUUAGAUGAACUGAUGGAGAUUCUAACCCUAAAGCAGUGUAAGAAAUUUAAGAGAAAUGUACCUAUCAUUCUUUUUGGAAAAGAAUUUUGGUCUAGUAUUCUCAAUUUUAAGAAGCUAGCUGAGUAUGGGCUUAUUUCUCAAGAGGAUCUAGAUUCCAUUUUCCUUACGGACUGCAUUGAGGAGGCAUACAACUACGUCAUCAACCAUUUGAAGAGUGGUUCUUGUUUGUCCGACGUAGCGU